AUGGAUUCUAAGCGGAACUGGAUUCUCGUGGAAGCAUCAACGUCUGGCUCCGCAACGCCCAUUCAUAUCCGCGGAAGUCAUCGGAGGAGCGGACCUUUGAUGGAGCACUUCAGAGAUGAGGCCCGCCUACAUACCAUAAAUCGCCUCAAUGAUAGGAUCCAUCAACGUAUUAUGGACAAUUAUAGGAAUGGCACGUCAGAAUCAAUCGGUGAAGGAGCGAAGGUAGUGGACGAAAGUUUCCGGUUCAUCGAAGACGAGCAGAGCAGGAUAAAUCCAGAACCUUUGUCGAACAUCUCUGACCGCCUUGAUUCCAUUGUAUCUCGGCGAAAUUCUCAGGGAGAAGUGGAAGCUGUAUAUGAGAGAAGAUUACCAUCAACUUCGAGCCGAGAUGAUGUCCUACGACCACAGCCAAUACUUCGACAUCCAACAUCGUUCGAGGAGCCUAUCUACGUGAAGCCAGCUAUCCGGUCUUUGAGAUCAAAUCGGAUCAAUGCUUCUCAACCAAAGCCUCGCAUGGGCCUAAGACGUAACGGCCGCGACAACCGCUACCGACGCACAGACUCUAUGGGUGAAAAUGUGAGAUAUGGAAGGACCGAGGUUAUCAGUCAGUACAGAAGAGCUGAUUCACUGGAUUCUGGAAGUUUACGGAUACAAAGGCAGCGCCCACCGUCACGAUGGUCUUUUUAUCCCGAAAGGUACCCGCACUAUGGAAGGUUCCAAGGUGACGAAGCUCCAAGGGAAGAGUGGGCAGAAGAACCCCGACCAACCUUUCUUCGAAGAACGCCGCAAUUUUAUGACAAAUGUGACUUGUGCGCAUUCAAAAUUAUGCGAAUGGGAGACCACUGCCCUGCAUGUGGUCGAACUGCAACAGCUAUGAGACAAGAACCCCCAACUAUCGAAAAUGACGAAUCCUAUCGGAAAGAAGAGGUCUUAAACGCCAAGAAUCUUAGCGGGUUUCUCCGAAACGAAAUGAUGUACAGACCACCGUCGAAGAUGUAUUCUACAGAGUUUCGAAAAUUCUACCAAGUCGGUCAUCGAACCCAACCACGGCGAAAAGCAAGAAGCCCCGUAUUUCGAUAUGGAUCAACAAUUCCCGAAGCAAUGUACGACUAUAGUCUUUGGGCAAAACGCCAAGACCGCCAAGCGCUUACAAUGCAUGCAGCAAUACUUGCACUUGUCCUCUUCUCAACAGCAUUUGUUGUUUCAGCCGGUGUCAUACUUUUAGUUACAGUAACUUGA